CAAUGUCUGCAUCUCUGAAAGGCUCUAAUAGCUCCAAGUUCCAGGUGUCUGAGUUCAUCCUGAUGGGACUCCCAGGCAUUCACAGCUGGCAACACUGGCUCUCCUUACCAUUGGCACUACUCUACCUCUCAGCAAUUGGUGCUAAUAUCCUCAUCCUCGUCACCAUCUGCCAGGACCCUGCUCUUCAGCAGCCUAUGUACUCUUUCCUAGGCAUCCUCUCUGUGGUGGACAUGGGCCUGGCCACCACCAUCAUGCCCAAGAUCCUGGCCAUCUUCUGGUUUGAUGCCAAGGUCAUCAGCCUCCCUGAGUGUUUUGCUCAGAUCUAUGCCAUUCACUGCUUUGUGGGCAUGGAGUCUGGUAUCUUCCUCUGCAUGGCUUUUGAUAGAUACAUAGCUAUUUGUCGCCCUCUUCAUUACCCAUCAAUCGUCACCAAGGCCUUAAUCUUAAGAGCUACUGUGUUCAUGGUACUAAGAAACGGUUUUCUUUCCCUUACAGUGCCAGUGCUAGCAGCCCAGCGUAAUUAUUGUUCCAGGAAUGAGAUUGAGCACUGCCUGUGCUCUAACCUUGGGGUCACCAGCCUGGCUUGUGAUGACAGGAGGCCAAACAGCAUCUGCCAAUUGGUUCUGGCAUGGCUUGUAAUGGGGAGUGACCUAGGUCUUAUAAUAUUGUCAUACAUUUUGAUUCUGCGCUCUGUACUUAAACUGAAUUCUGCUGAAGCUGUCUCCAAAGCUCUGAGCACUUGUAGCUCCCAUCUGAUCCUUAUCCUAUUCUUCUACACUGUUGUUGUAGUGAUUUCAGCAACUCAUCUGGCAGAAACUAAGGUCCCUUUGGUUCCAGUUCUACUCAAUGUGCUGCACAACAUCAUCCCCCCUUCCCUCAACCCUAUGGUUUAUGCACUUAGGACUAAAGAACUUAGGGCAGGCUUCCAAAAGGUGUUUUGUUUGAGCUUAGAAAAGAAAACAAGGCACCAGAGACCUUCUCCAUGAUGUACAUGAACU